AUGGGGGCAGUGGGAUAUGGAGCUGCUGAAGAGGAGCUGGCCAAAGCCAGCGCCAUCCGGGCACCUCCCCAGGUGUAUGACCCUCUCCAGGCUCCCUCAAGGAGAGAAGCGGCCGUGGGGCAAGAAGCUGUCAGUGCAGAGUCUGGGGCACUGGUUGGCAGCAGCGCUAGGCUCAGGAUGACCACGUUAGAAGCCAAAGCUGAGGAGGAGGAGAAAAAGGAGCCAUCACCGGCCUCCAACUCAUCCAGCGGGUCGGGCUCCCCAGAGCAGGAAGGCUUCUUCAACCUGCUGACCCACGUGCAGGGCGGGCGCAUGGACAAGCAGCGCUGCACCAUCCAGAUCGUACAUGGCAAGAGCGGUGCUGACCCGGAGAAGCAGGACAGCCCGAGCCCCCCGCCGGAGAUGGACAGUUUCCUGGAUAUGCUGGCGCACACACAGAGCCGGCGGAUGGACGACCAGCGCGUCAGCUUCAACUACCUCCCAGGCUUCCAGAACACUGACCGCAACGCCCCCAGCAAGAAGUGA